CUUGAUUAUUCCGGGUUUAUCUCAGACAUAUUUUCUAAUUUGGAUCUGACUGUGGCUCUGCUGGAGACCGUCGGGGAUUGCGUGGCCUUUUGAAGCUGUCUCAACUCUCCCUUCAUUUCACCUCAUCUCGUCCUUUCCUGCUUCCCCAUCUUUCCCCCCUUACCCUGUCCUGUCCCGUCAUCCUUCUCAGCUAUGCUCGAUCCUCUGGCCAUGACGAUUCCUCUCGCUUAGCAAGUCAUUUUCUGCACGUACGCUCCCUACAGUUUCUCCCUUCUUGUCUGUGACCGCAAAUUCGCCGCCGUACCACGCAACCGAGCGGCCAAAGAUAAUGGCCAUCGCACGUUCAAUUCGGCGAACAAACCACAUUACCCUCAUCCUGGCCUCUAUCCUGGCCAUUGGAUUUCUCUUCUUUCUCCUCUCCCCUUCCUCUUCCUCUGCAUCCUCCGGCACCGCUGCCUCCUCACAACAACGACGCGACGAUGCUGCCCAGAACCCUCUGAGUCCACCAACGAAGCCUUUCUGGAAGUUUCAACCUUUACGUCACGAUGGGCAGAGGGCUCCUCCGCCCGUGGUGCACUAUAAUUUGAAUAAUCUCACGAGCACGGGCGAGGCUGUCGCGAACGGGGAGCGAGUUCUUAUCCUCACACCGCUGAGCCGGUUUUACCAGGGGUACUGGGAUAAUAUUGUCCGUCUCAACUACCCGCAUGAGUUGAUAUCCGUCGGGUUCAUUCUACCUCGGAACGCGGAGGGGGAUAAGGCGCUGGCGGCGUUGGAAAAGGCCAUCUCGAAGACACAAGCGGGGCCCAUCGAUAACCGGUUCGCCAGCAUCUCGAUCCUCCGUCAGGACUUCGAUGCGCCGAUCGUCUCGCAGGAUGAGAAGGAGCGGCAUAAGCUGGAGAAUCAGAAAGCCCGUCGCGAGUCAAUGGCGCGUGCCCGGAACAGUCUGCUCUUCACCACUCUGGGUCCCAGUACGUCCUGGGUGCUCUGGCUGGAUGGUGAUAUCGUCGAGACACCCACCUCCUUGAUCCAGGAUCUCACAUACCACGAUCGUCCGGUGAUCGUUCCCAAUUGCUAUCAGCGAUUCUACAAUACCGAAGCCAAGCAGAUGGACGUACGGCCUUACGAUUAUAAUUCGUGGGUCGACAGCGAGACGGCGGCUGGACUCGCGGAGGGCAUGGGCCCGGAUGAGAUUCUCCUCGAGGGAUACGCAGAGAUUCCUACUUAUCGAUCCCUGAUGGCUUACAUGGCCGACAGGUCCAAUCCGGAUCCCAAGCGGGUCGUCCAGCUGGAUGGCGUCGGCGGGACCGCCUUGAUGGUCAAGGCUGAAGUGCAUCGUGACGGUGCCAUGUUUCCAGCUUUCCCGUUUUAUCAUCUUGUCGAGACAGAGGGAUUUGCCAAGAUGGCACGACGACUGGGGUAUUCGAUCUUUGGGUUACCGGAUUAUUUUGUAUAUCACUAUAAUGAGUGAUGGCAUAUUACGAGUUACUUUGUAGACGGCUUUUUUGCCCGGUUUCUUUCUUGACAUGUUUUAUACUCUUUUCUCUGUUUUCUUGAUUGAGUCCGAUUUGGUGAUUGGGUUUAUGUUAUGCAUAUCUGCGCUGUGCGCUUUCUCUUCUUUUCUCUUCUGGUCUUUUACCUCCUUUUUCUAUAUGAUAGGUAGAUAAUACCUUUUUCGUUUCAGAGUUCAAGAAAGAAAGCUGGUUAUUUCGCCUUGUUAUUAUGCGGGGUGUCUUUGUCUGAUUGCAUUAAGAUGGGUUGUCUGUCUAUUACAAUCAAUACAUAGUAGAAAGAAUCGACAGCUGGUAAUGCUCUCUGCUUUCGAAUUUGCUAGCAGGUCGUUCGAGGACCUGAACCACGUACUG